GGUGUAUGGGACCAAAGUUCAGGGAUAUGGGAGGGGGAAGCUAGAAUGCUGGAUGGAGUAUUGGAAAACCUUUUCCUGAUAGUGUGUGCUUCAAUUCCCGUCUGAUAAUUUCUGUCCUUGUAUUAGAGGCAAAGAGCAAGAGAAUGAGAAAGCGCACUGAGAGAGAACAAGAGUGAGUUUUCUUACUCUUGUUUUUAUUUGAGCUGCCGGUGCAACGCGUUUGGGCCAAAUGCCAACUGUCUGGGUCACACGCGUUUUAUCCAAAUAGAUUUAGCGCUGCUGUCUGGAAAUGGGCUGCUGGAUGUUAACGUUAGGAUCACAACUCAAACAGGGCAGCUCAGACUGUUACCCUCUGUCUGGGUGAAGUGGAAUAGGAGGAGGGGGGCCGAAGGCCAGGGUGUGCAGUGGAGUGGGAAGAAAAAAUUGAAGCAUGGCUUGGAACUUUUUAAAAAGACACUGGAGUAUGUGAUUUGCAGCAUAUUCUUUUAUGAUUGGAUUUUUUGGGCUAAUUUUCUUUUUUCUUCUUUUUUUAGCUUACAUUGAUUAGACUGAAACUUUUUAUAUGUGGGAAUGACAGUUCUUAGAAUUCAUGUCAGGGAAAGAAAGGUAACAUAAAACUGGUAUAGCUGAGGGAAAUUAAGAAAGUUAAUUUUAGAGAUCAUUGUUUUCCUGUGUUUCACAAAGUGGCAGCUGCAAUUUGAUUUAUCUCAAUUUAGUGCUUAAAUGUGAUCAUUGAUAUUUUGGAUUUUUGAAGAACAGCACAUAGAGGCAAAUAAGUAAUUUCAAACAAAUAAAAUCCAUUCAUUUGCCACAGUUGGCAACAAAUAUCAGUAUUAUGUUAUUUCUAUUUUUGUGAACCCCAAGAGGAAAACCUACAGCGUUAAGACCUAAAAUAUUAUAGUAUUUUCAUGUUUGGUCCAAUACCUGUAAGACUAAUUCUACUGUUGUCUACUGUUACUACUUCCUCUUCAUUUCCUUAGCAACCACUAGCAGCUACUCGUGGUUUAGUAUGGACCUGUCUGCCAAAUCUUACUCUGUUUGUGACUUUAGUGAGAAUGAAUAAAAUUAAUGAAUUAACAGAGUUAAAAGCAUAUUUGGAAUAUUUUUAGGGGAGAAAAAGAGGAGGGGAAGUAGAUACUCUCUUAGUUCCCCCAAAAGACAUGGUUAUCAACAUAUUGAAUAGCCCCAAGAGAAAAAGAUGUUGAUUUUUCUUUUCCAGGAAAGAAGUUCUGAUACAGAUAACAUAUAUUUACCUUGUUAUCUAUAAAAAUUUUGGGUUUAUAUUAAUUUAGGCCUUGACUUUUGUAAGUUGUGUUUUAUAUUUUAACUUUUGACUCCUUUGCUUUUAUUGAUAGGUAAAUUUUGAGUAAUUUGUGUUUAAUUAUAUAUUGCCUUGGAGACUAAUCUCAGAAAGUUUAUAAAUGACCUUUGUACUUAGAAACCUAGUCAUGUUCUUGGCAAUUAGUUGCUGAUGAGAAAUAUUUACUGAGAGAGUAAAUGGGAAAUGAAAUGAAAAGUUAAUUUUCAUGUGUAAAAGUUAAAUAUUCAAAGGGAGCAUGGAAUUUUUGCUUCUUGGAUGGAGACCAAAUCAGCCUUAAAAUAAAUAAUAAGAGUUAAGAUGGAUGAAAGAAGUGGAGAGGGAUUUAUACAUGUUCUUUAGCUCCAUAAUAAUAGUUCAUGAGAGGAAAUUAUUACCUUGGCUACACUCAGAUCACUUGAGUGGGAAGUAAAGAUGAUAGAGGAAAAAGACAAGUAAUAACCCUUUGACCAGGGCAGAUUACUGGGGGAAUCAUAGUAGUGCAAGUUGUCUGGUUUUACUUCUAUUUAACUAGUGUUGUUUUGAUUCAUGGAAAUAUGUAAAUGAUCCCCUAACUUUACUGGCUGGUGCAUUUAUAUUAAAAAAAAAAGACAUUUGAAAUUAAAGUAAAGUGGAAUUUUUAUUCUGUUUUCAAAUUUUAAAUACUUAUAAAUGCAAUUAUCAUCUUUAACAGGAUACUUCAGAAAGUUCAUGGAAAAAUGGAAUUAAAAGAUAAGUUUAAUUUGGUACCCAAAAAAUCCAUGCAGUUUUUCAUAAUAUGAAUUUUUGUGAACUUUUUGAAGACCCUGAUACUGUUUGCUUUUAGGCAGUAUAACCUAGUUGAUCGACUCAUAUCCCAGUUAAUCAUUAUAUCCAACUAUUCCAUAUUUCUGAGGGAAGGAGGAAUAUGAAACUUUUUGAAGGAAAACCUUUGAAAUAUGAUUUAGAUAAUGAGGGAAGGAGGGCUAACAGUCCUUAAAGUGAAGUGUGCAGAAUUUUAAAUCAUGUGUCAUGUGUAAUCCAAUGUAAUCUCUCAACAAGUUUUUGAAAGUAAGUAUCAUUAUCAUGAUUUUGUAGAUGAGUAAACAGAUCCAGAGAGGUGUGAUAACUUGGGGUCAAGCCAGACCUUUAGGCUUUUGUAUUUUCCAUAACAUAAUGGUUCUGCUAUAUAACUUAAAUGCAUUGUGCUUUAUGCAUAAUGAUUUCUGGACAAUUGUCUGGUAUUUUAAUGUUAGUCUGAACUUUAGAAACUGUAUCUGGAAAAAUCUGAGCUGUUACAGAUUUGUUUAUGGGAUCCAGAUUAACCUCCUCAGCAGGUGUCAGAAAGUAGGUUAACUCAUUCGCUUUUAUCUUGUUGGUGAUUAAGAGUGUUAAGUUUUGUUAGUUGUGUUGUUUUUAGUUGAGUUCUAGCCAAUCAUUUACUUAAUGUUCCUUCACUGAGCACUAGGGCUUGUGCAGUGAGAGAGUGAAAAAUGAGUAAAAACAUCAAAUUUAUUGAGUGCCCAUGUGCCAGAUACUGUAUGUAUCAAGUGGUAAAUCCAAGAUUGUAAUUGUAACUCUGAUUUGUUUCAAUUCAGAGCUCCUGUUCUGUCUACCAUGCACCAAAUAAACCUCUCUUGCUUUGUGUGUGUGUGUGUGUGUGUGCGCGCACUGCAAAUCCUUAAAUCAUUAGUCUACUUCUGGCCAAAUAGUAACUUAACUACUUUUUUUUCCCCUCAAUGUUACUGCCUUAGUCAGCUUGGGUGUUUAUAGAAUGAUAUUAGUAAGAGUAGGAGUGAAGGUUACAAAACUCUGAAAAGCAGGAUAUUUGUCAAGGAGGAAAAAUUGUUUUCCCCUAAAUCCAACCAAAUGUAUUUUCAGUUUGCCAUUAGUUUCAAAGUCUAGGAAAACAGGAAGAAAAGAAGGAAUGAUUCAGUAUAAAGUUAACUCAAAUGUGCUAGUUAUAUUACUCUUUUUUUUUUUAAAGGAUUUAUUUAUUUAUUUGAAAGGCAGAGUCACAGAGGCAGAGAGAGAGAGAGAGAGAAAGUCUUCCAACUGCUGGUUCACUCCCCAAAUGGCUGCAAUGGUCAGAGAUGCACCAAUCUGAAGCCAGGAGCCGGGAGCUUCUUCUGGGUCUCCCACAUGGGUGCAGGGGCCCAAGGACUUGGGCCUUCCUUCACUGCUUCCCCUGGCCAUAGCAGAGAGCUGGAUGGGAAGUAAAGCAGCUGGUUAUUGAACCGCCACCCAUGUGGGAUGCAGGCGCUUACCCAUUAUGCUACAGCGCUGGCCCUAAUUGUAUUACUGUUUAAAGGAAGAUUACAAAGUAAAGUAUGUGGGGUUCUCACUGAAUGUCAGACAUUUUUACUCAAAACAUUUUAGUGAUUUGAAAAUAAAAUAAUGAGAAUGAAUAUUGUUCAUGUAGCAACAAUGAUACUUUAAUGUUUCAUGGGAAGUUUUAGAAUAUUAAAAUUAUAUAUAAGUAGGCUAGAUAUAAAGAAAAUGAAUAUUGGGCUGAUUGUGUGGUAUAGUGUGUCAGGCCUCUGCCUGUGGUGUCAGCAUCCUAUAUGGGCACCGUUUGGGUCCUAGCUGCUCCUUUUCCAAUUCAGCUCUCUGCUUGUGGCGUGGGAGGGCACACAAGUGCUUGGGCCCCUGCACCCACAUGGGAGACCUGGAGGAGGCUCCUGACUCCUGGCUUCAGAUCUACCCAGCUCUGGCCAUUGUGGCCAUUUGGGGAGUGAACUGUGGAUAGAGAAUCUUUCUCUGUCUCUCCUUCUCUGUCUAUAACUCUACCUCUCCAAUAAAUAAAUAAAAUAUUUUUAAAAAGAUAAGUAAUAUUAUUGAACAGAGGUAUCAUUUAGUCUUUAUAGAUUUUUCCUUGAGAAAGAAUAUAUAGUGUCUGCUGUCUUGCCUAAAUCAUUGUAAAAAUAAUUUUGAGGUGAAAUAAUUGUUAUAUGUAAAGUUGCUAAAAUCUGUUUACAUUAACUAACCAAUGCCAUUUAUGAAUAUACCGAUGUUGAUUAUAUGUAACUGAUUUUGAAUAUUUAAGUUUCAGUUUACUGGAAGUAUGAUAUAAUAGAAUUUAUUCUGAAGUAAUAAAUUAUGUAAACUGACGGAGAUUUGGUAUCUUCCAUCUUCUGAUUUAUUCUUUAAGAGGCUAUAAUAGACGGGGCAGGGCCAGGCUGAAGCUAGGAGCCAGGAUCCCCGAUGUGGGAGCAGGGACAUAAGUACUUGAGCCAUUAACUGCUCAGGUGCAUUAACAGGGAGCUGGAUCAGAAACAGUAACUGGGACUCAAACUAGCACUCUGAUAUGGGAUGUGAUGUUCAAAGAGGCAGCCUAAGCCACUGUAUCACAGCAUCUGCCCAAAUACAGAGAAUUUAGGCUUUAGAGCCAGAAGCCUUGUACCUGAAUCUGGGCUCCUCUGUUUUCUAGCUAUCUGACCUCUUUAAGCGUCAGCGGUAUCUGAAAUUGAUGGCAAUAUUAGUUAUCAGUUGCUCCAUAACAACUUACCACAAACUCAGCAAAAUUUUUUUUUUUUUUUUAGAAAAUGUAUUUAUUUGAGAGGUAGAAUUACAGACAGAGAGCUGGAGAGACAGAAAGGUCUUUUAUCUGUUGGCUCAUUGCCCAAUGGCCACAACGGCCAGAGCUGGGCCUAUCCGAAGCCAGGAGCCAGGAGCUUCUUCUGGGUCUCCCAUGCAGGUGCAGGUGCCCAAGCACUUGGGCCAUCUUUCACUGCUUUCCCAGGCCAUUAGCAGAGAGCUGCAUCAGAAGAGGGGCAGCCAGAACACAAAACUGCACCCAUAUAGGAUGCUGGCACUGCAGGCAGAGGCUUAGCGUACUAUGCCACAGCGCUGGCCCCCAAACUCAGCAGUUUAACAUAACAUACAUUUAUUAUCUCACAGUUUCUGUGUAUUAAGAAUUCAGCCAUGACACGGCUAAGUCCUCCUGCUUCUCUCAUAAGCUUACAAAGGAUCUCUCAUAAGCUUACAAAGUGAUGGUUAGGACUGGGGUCUUCAUGGAAACCCACUCUGGGGAAGAAUGUGCUUCUAAGCUCACAUAUCAGUGGGCAGGUUUCAGUUUCUUGAAUACUGUUGGGCUGAGGACCUCAUUUCCUGUUGAUGAUAUUUGGAAGCUAUUCUCUGUUCUUUGCCAUGUAGGCAUCUUCAUAUGGCAGCCUGUGUCUUCCAAACCAAUGAGAGAGCCUGCUAGCAAAAUGGAAGUCAGAGUAUUUUGUAAUCUAGUCAAGGAAGUGACAUCCCUUCAGUAUUGAGAUGUAUUGUCUUGGUUAGAAUUAAAUGAUUCAGUGGGAGGGGAUUAUAUAGGGGCAUUGAUAUUAGGAGAUGGAAUCAUUGGGACCAUCAGAGUGCCCUGUUGAUGGGGCAAUAAUAACUGCCUCACAAGAUUGUCUUGAAGAUUAGAAGAAGUAAUAUUAAUUUAAAGUUCUUUAUUUUUGGUCUGACCUUAAACUACCUUACCUUCUUCUUACCUUAGUCUUCUGCAUAGGAACCUAAUUUAUUAUUAUUGCUAUUCUAAUACUGUUUACUAUUUUUCUCUUUUGCUUGCCAUCUAGAUUUUUUAGAAUGCAUACUGUGUAUGUAAUGAUGUCCUAAAGUAAUCUGACUUGUGAAAUUCUAUUAAUCUUCCAGGCCUUAUCACAAAAUGCUCUUUUCCUACAAAUCUUAUUUGAUUCAUGCUUCUCUGACUUAGAGAUCAUGACCCUUAUCUAAUCUCUUGAAACAAUUUUUCAUAACUUUAUUGUGGUAUUAUCAGUCUGUCUUGAUUUUUUUCUUCAUUAUUUAAAUUUUGAGCUUCUUAAGAGCAAGGAUUUUAUCUUAAUCUUUUCUGUAUCCCUUAAUCCUGUCUGUAUUCUGAGUUGUUGUAACAUCACCUUUUAAACAUGGUAAGACAAUAUUUGUUGAUUAAUGAAUUAGUUUUGCCAAGCCUUAACAGUUUAAUAACUUGUGGAGGCAGAUGUGAGGAAUUUUAAAUAGUUGUGGUUGUUUUAAAUGUUGUAAUAACCACUAUUUCUAGCACCAUAGGGGAUAAAGUAUUUCACAUAAAUUAAUUUUCCAGUUAACUACAAAUAUUCUUUUAUUUGCCUAAGGUAAUUUUAUUUUAGCUGCUGUUCAUUUUUUUAAUCAAUUUUUCAAUCAACAAAUAUGUAGUAAGUACUUAUUGGAUGAUAAUUGCAUGUAUUAGAGACUUGGCAUAGAAUCUUUCUAAUAUCUUAUUAAUAGUAUUUAGUCAUUAAAAGUCAUUAACUUUUUAUCCCUGUCUUAGGCAUAAUAUUGUGAGUUUCAGCUAUUGAGCUAUAAUGCAGUUAUAUGCACAGUAGGAACUAUUAAACUGUAUAAGAACCACUUGCCUCUAUCCCCAACUGUUGCUUUAGGGUUCUAAAGCAAUUCUUUAGUUUUUUGAUUCUUCUUUGGUCAGUUUUUUGCUGUUAGUAAGCUAGAUCGUAGUUCCUGAGAAGUCAGGUGACCAAGUGUGCUGGUGUUAUGUGUAAAAUGUGAGUAGAUGGCCUCUGUGAGUGAGGUUGUCUGCUGAAAGUAAAGAAUAUGAGAUAGGAUGUGAAAUCUCUUGUGGUACCUAAAAUAAGAUUUUAAAAGUUUCUUUUUAGUUACAUUCUAGAGAGUUAAAAUUACCUCAUUUAAAUUGCUUUAUAAGUCAUAUAAGACUUCCAGAUAAAGUCAAGAGUUACAGUAAAUAUGGCUUAACUUUUUAGAAGUUGAAUUUGUGAUACUGAGUGUUCAGAUGGUUGCUAAGUGUCACUCCAAAUUUGUAAAUCUACUUUGUCAGAAAAAAAUGAUAGGUGCAAUGAUAGGUGCCUCAUAAAGCAACAUAGCAAUUUUGGGGUAUGAGUGGAUUCACAGGGUGUCUUCAAGAAUGUUAUCUUCUGCAGCUUCCCCAGGUGCAUUAGCAGGAAGCUGGAUCAGAAGCAGAGUAGCCAGGACUUGAACUAGCACUUAGAUACAGGGUACUGGUGUUUCCAGUGACAACUUAUACCAGGGCGUCAGACCUUGCUUGGGCCACUGCCACGCACACAGGAACUCAGGAUGGAACUCUGUUCCUGACUUUGGCCUGACCCAGAAUUGGCUGUUGCAGCCAUUUGAGGAGUGAACCAGCAGAUGGAAGACUUCUCUCUCUCUCUCUCUCUCUUGUUCUUGCUCUCUCGCUUUCUCUCUCUUUCUGUCUUUAUGCAUGUAGUUUCUGUUUUAAAAAAAGAAUAAGCAGUGGUUGGCGCUGUGGCAUAGCAGGUAAAGCCGCCGCCUGGGGUGCCAGCGUCCGUAUGGGCACUGUCUUGAGUUCCAGCUGCUCCACUGCCAAUUCAGCUCCCUGCGAAUGCAUCUGGAAAAGCAGCAGAUGACCCAAGUCCUUAGGCCCUGCACCCGUGUGGGAGACCUGGAAGAAGCUCCUGGCUCCUGGUUUCAGCCUGGCUCUGUCCUGGCCAUUGCAGCCAUUUGGGGAAUGAACCAGCAGAUUGAAGAUCUCUGUCUUUCUCUCUCUAACUCUACCUUACAAAUAAAUAAUUUUUUUAAAAAAGAAUUGGAUCUUUUACUGUCACAUACAGUUAACUUAGAUUAUGAAGUAAAAAAAUGGCCAUACUCUAGUAACUAAUCAGCCUAAUGCUUUGCUUUUGAAAUUUUUACCAUCACUAUUUUUUUUCAUUUUGGAUUGAGAAAAUGAAUCCAGAUAUAGAAGAAAGUACGGGAUGUUGGAAAAAAUUACUUGUUAAACAGUGGAAUAUUUAAUAACAAUUUUCAAGAAGUUUCAGAGAAAUAAAACUGUUAUGCUUCGAUUUUGGUAUGGUAUUGACUCUCUAGCACAUAGGUAGCCCUCCAAAAUAUCAUCCAGUUUUCUAAAUUAUGGAAAUUUUGUGGAAGACGUUAACAUGGAUUCUGAGCCUCAUCAUGGCUUCAUCGGAAUUUCAUGACCACAGACUUUCAUACAGUUCUCAAGAGGAAUUCCUGACUUAUCUUGAACAGUACCAGCUAACUAUUCCAAUAAGAGUUGAUCAAAAUGGAGCUUUUCUCAGCUUUACUGUGAAAAAUGAUAAACACUCAAGGAGAAGACGGAGUAUGGACCCUAUUGAUCCACAGAAGGCAGUAUCUAAGUUAUUUUUUAAACUUUCAGCCUAUGGGAAGCACUUUCACCUAAACUUGACUCUCAAUACAGAUUUUGUGUCCAAACAUUUUACAGUAGAAUAUUGGGGAAAAGAUGGACCCCAGUGGAAACAUGAUUUUUUAGACAACUGUCAUUACACAGGAUACUUGCAAGAUCAACGUAGCACAACUAAAGUGGCUUUAAGCAACUGUGUUGGGUUGCAUGGUGUUAUUGCUACAGAAGAUGAAGAAUAUUUUAUUGAACCUUUAAAGAAUACCACAGAGGAUUCCAAGAAUUUUAGUUAUGAAAAUGGCCACCCUCAUGUUAUCUACAAAAAAUCUACCCUUCAACAGCGGCAUCUGUAUGAUCACUCUCAUUGUGGGGUUUCAGACCUCACAAGAAGUGGCAUACCUUGGUGGCUGAAUGACACAUCUACUUUUCCUUCUUCCUUACCAAUUAAUGACACACAUAUCCGCCACAGACAUAAGAGAUCAGUGAGCAUUGAGCGGUUUGUGGAGACAUUGGUAGUGGCAGACAAAAUGAUGGUGGGCUACCAUGGCCGCAAAGACAUUGAACAUUACAUUUUGAGUGUGAUGAAUAUUGUUGCCAAACUUUACCGUGAUUCCAGUCUAGGAAACGUUGUGAAUAUUAUAGUGGCCCGCUUGAUUGUUCUCACAGAAGAUCAGCCAAACUUGGAGAUAAACCACCAUGCAGACAAGUCCCUCGAUAGCUUCUGUAAAUGGCAGAAAUCCAUUCUCUCUCACCAAAGUGAUGGAAACACCAUUCCAGAAAAUGGGAUUGCCCACCACGAUAAUGCAGUCCUGAUUACUAGAUAUGAUAUCUGCACUUAUAAAAAUAAGCCCUGUGGAACACUGGGCUUGGCCUCUGUGGCUGGAAUGUGUGAGCCUGAAAGGAGCUGCAGCAUUAAUGAAGACAUUGGCCUGGGUUCAGCUUUUACCAUUGCACAUGAGAUUGGUCACAAUUUUGGUAUGAACCAUGAUGGAAUUGGAAAUUCUUGUGGGACAAAAGGUCAUGAAGCAGCAAAACUUAUGGCAGCUCAUAUUACUGCAAAUACCAAUCCUUUUUCCUGGUCUGCCUGCAGUAGAGACUAUAUCACCAGCUUUCUAGAUUCAGGCCGUGGUACUUGCCUUGAUAAUGAGCCUCCCAAGCGUGACUUUCUUUAUCCAGCUGUGGCUCCAGGUCAGGUGUAUGAUGCUGAUGAGCAAUGUCGUUUCCAGUAUGGAGCAACAUCCCGCCAAUGUAAAUAUGGGUGUGUAGAGAGCUCUGGUGCCUCAGCAAAAGCAACCGCUGUGUUACCAACAGUAUUCCAGCAGCUGAGGGGACACUAUGUCAAACUGGGAAUAUUGAAAAGGGGCCAGAGAACUUUCCUCAGAUAUAGCAACAAAAAUAAUCGUUUGGAUGGGAAUCAGAAGGAUGCCAUAUUUGAUGAAAUGUGGUGUUAUCAGGGAGAUUGUGUUCCUUUUGGCACUUGGCCCCAGAGCGUAGAUGGGGGCUGGGGUCCCUGGUCACUAUGGGGAGAGUGCAGCAGGACCUGCGGGGGAGGCGUCUCCUCAUCCCUAAGACACUGUGACAGUCCAGCACCUUCAGGAGGUGGAAAAUAUUGCCUUGGGGAAAGGAAACGAUAUCGCUCCUGUAACACAGAUCCAUGCCCUUUGGGUUCCCGAGAUUUUCGAGAGAAACAGUGUGCAGACUUUGACAAUAUGCCUUUCCGAGGAAAGUAUUAUAACUGGAAACCCUAUACUGGAGGUGGUGUAAAGCCUUGUGCAUUAAACUGUUUGGCUGAAGGUUAUAAUUUCUACACUGAACGUGCCCCUGCGGUGAUUGACGGGACCCAGUGCAAUGCAGAUUCACUGGAUAUCUGUAUCAAUGGAGAAUGCAAGCAUGUAGGUUGUGAUAAUAUUUUGGGAUCUGAUGCUAGGGAAGAUAGAUGUCGAGUCUGUGGAGGGGAUGGAAGCACAUGUGAUGCCAUUGAAGGGUUCUUCAAUGAUUCGUUGCCCAGAGGAGGAUACAUGGAAGUUGUGCAGAUACCAAGAGGCUCCGUUCACAUUGAAGUCAGAGAAGUUUCCAUGUCAAAGAACUAUAUUGCUUUAAAAUCUGAAGGGGAUGAUUACUAUAUUAAUGGUGCCUGGACUAUUGACUGGCCUAGAAAGUUUGAUGUUGCUGGGACAGCUUUUCACUACAAGAGACCAACUGAUGAACCAGAAUCCCUGGAAGCUCUAGGUCCCACCUCAGAAAAUCUCAUUGUUAUGGUUCUGCUUCAGGAACAGAAUUUGGGCAUUAGGUAUAAGUUCAACGUUCCCAUCACUCGAACUGGCAGUGGAGAUAAUGAGGUUGGCUUUUCAUGGAAUUAUCAGCCUUGGUCAGACUGCUCAGCUACUUGUGCUGGAGGUGUCCAAAGACAAGAGGUGGUCUGUAAAAGGUUGGAUGACAACUCUAUUGUCCAGAACAAUUACUGUGACCCCGACAGUAAGCCACCUGAAAAUCAAAGAACCUGCAACACUGAGCCCUGCCCACCUGAGUGGUUCAUUGGGGACUGGUUGGAAUGCAGCAAGACUUGUGACGGUGGAAUGCGCACAAGGGCAGUGCUGUGCAUCAGGAAGAUCGGACCUUCUGAGGAGGAGACACUGGACUCCAGUGGUUGUUUAACACAUCGGCCCAUCGAAAAAGAGCCCUGCAACAACCAGUCAUGCCCACCUCAGUGGGUGACUUUGGACUGGUCGGAAUGUACUCCAAAGUGCGGCCCAGGAUUCAAGCAUCGGAUUGUUCUGUGCAAGAGCAGUGACCUUUCUAAAACCUUCCCAGCUGCUCAGUGUCCGGAGGAGAGCAAGCCUCCUGUCCGCAUCCGCUGCAGUUUGGGGCGCUGCCCUCCUCCUCGAUGGGUGACGGGAGACUGGGGCCAGUGUUCUGCUCAGUGUGGCCUUGGACAGCAGAUGCGAACUGUGCAGUGUCUCUCCUACACUGGACAGGCGUCUAGCGAUUGUCCAGAAACUGCCCGGCCUCCAUCGAUGCAACAGUGUGAAAGCAAAUGUGACAGUACCCCCAUUUCCAACACUGAAGAGUGCAAAGAUGUGAACAAAGUGGCUUAUUGCCCACUGGUGCUGAAGUUCAAGUUCUGCAGUCGAGCAUACUUCAGACAGAUGUGUUGUAAGACCUGCCAAGGACACUGACCCACAGAAAGCCAGAGAGAGAACCUUGUCAUUUCAUCAUGGAAAUGCGUCCAUCAAAGAGAGCCACCCAGAGGAAGAGGGUUGAUGUCCUUGCAAAUGCAUUACCCUGUGGAAAACGUAACCACUGGUCAGCCCUAGCUGACAGGAUUUCAAUAUUAUUUUAACUUCUGUGAAGUGGGAUUUAUUGAUCCAAAGUGCUGGACACGGUAUUAGGAGGGAAUGCCAGAUUGGAGAGAUCCAAACAACACGGGGAGACUUGCUUACUGUGGAAUGUUUGUGUUCUUUCGAGUAAAUCCAAUAGCCUGUUUACCUCCGUGGACCAUUAAGAUAAUUUUUAUUAUGGACUUAGCAAUGACACUGAAUCCAUUUGUAUUUAAAACUGUUUAAAAUGUAGCUGUUAUGACUUGGUCAACUAUGGAAGUAAAGAAGAUUCAGAAUUCCUAAGUCAUAGCUUAAAAAUAUUUACUAUACUCUAUCUCACUACAGCAGCGCCACAACUUAAAUUAUAAAAUGGGCUUUGAACUGUAACUUAAGGAGCAAUUAUAAAUCAAAAGUAAUGAGAGUUUGUAUUAUUUUUUCUUCCUUUCACCUAAUUUCCUUAGGAAUAAUCCCCCUGUUCUGAACACUGCUGUGAGCCAUAUAUAAAACUAUAUUAAACUGAACAACAAUGAGGGACUUAGUGUGAAGCAGUGCAUCAGUAACCGCAGCUGUGCAAGUCUAUAAAUUCAGUGCUAAAAGACUGUGGCCAACUUGCCAUUGUGCAAGUGAAGCUGAGAUUUCCAUUAAAACUUUAAGAGAAAAACAUUUCAAUUUCGUGCAGAAGCCAGACCUGGAGUAUGGCUGAGAUGAAGGCACCAGGCCCUCUGCUGCCAUCACAGAGGUUACCUUACUUCUUAUUUGAGUCACCCCAACUCACUGUGUUUACACCCGCACCAGCUACAGAACAGCUCCUGCCCUGUUGCGUUGUUGCAUGCGUGUUGUGCUAACCGAGAUGAUACCAUGCAAAAGCUAGACUGGCUCGGUAACAACCAGACAGACCCUUUUGCAACUUGAUGACAAUUAUGAUGGGUUCCAGAUGUCCUUUCUUUGAUAUGGUAGAAGGGCAUUUAUUUAUAUGAGAGCAAGUGUGUGUGUGUGCGGGCGCUUUUGAGUGUGUGGAAAGAUGAGUGUGCUCCCACAUAAACGUGCUAUUUCUGAGUUUUAAAGGAGGCAAGGGAUAACAACCAAAGAAGAAAGCUCGUGAAGACUAGAGAUCAGAAAGCAUACAUUGUAAGUCACUCAACCAAGAAUUUUGUAUUAUUUUUACGGAUACUCUGAAUGGCAACUAAAUGUGAAACCCAGUUUCUUGGGCAAGUCAAAUUCUAGAGUCACAUCCACCUAAAGUAAAACGUCUGGCUCAUAUUUUCCCUAUCCUCGAGUUUUGCAUCCUUCUCAUCAAAAGGCUCAACAACAGUGUUUUUUUGAAAAGGGUACUUGUUUCUAUAGAUGUUUUGUACUUGAAGACUUGUGGCUUGCAGCAGGUUCCAGAGGAAUGUGCUUUGUGUCCAGCAUGCCUCCUUUAUUGUACACGUGUCCUCGGUGAAUACGCCGACUCUACGGCUCAAAACUAAAUGGCUGCUUGGUAGACCUGAUACCUGCAGUUAAAGAAAAGGUUUGCUCAAGUUCACUGCUCUGAACCACACUUCAGUGUGUCAUAUGCACUGCAGCCUAAUGUCGAUGAUUCGUUUUUGUUUGUUUUGUUUUUUUCUGAAAGGUAGAGAGACUCUCAGACACCAAAAAACAACCUAAAUUCACACAGGUUUGCUGUAUAUGGUUGGCAUGGGCUGCUUCCUCCACACUCAGUCGUGACUAUCUAUCUCAUUACCUGGCUUCUCUCUCAGGUCCAUGGUUCCCGUCCCUGAGCUUUACAGAGAGAGAGAGAGAGAGAGAGAGAGAGCUGUUGAUGAAGAAGCAUGGUGCCAGAGCCCCAUCUACGCUACCCUUAGCAGACCAGCCCCAGUGCCAUCUUGCCCAUUCAGUGAAGGGAAGGCAGCCCAUGGGCGGCAGGGCCUGAAUUCUUGUGUUCUUUUUCAAAGAAAAUGAACUUGGUGCUAAUGUGCUGGUGAAAUUAAAUAAAGGGUAGAUGAUUUCUGCAGUAGAUUAAGCAUAGGUUUGCUAUCAUGAUCUGAUUUUCUCCAAGAUAACUACCAGCUUAUAUUUUUAUUUCAAAAAGAUUUCUGACUCUAUUGACUAAAGGCUACAUUUUGCCUGGGGCCUGACCUUGCAAGGGCUUGUGUACUGUGCAGAGCCUCUGGGACGUGCACCAGCACUGAGGGCAGAAUGCCAAGAGCUCCCCCUGGGGCACCUCAGACUACCUUUCAAGAGGGAACCAAGUACGGAAUGUACCAGGAUUAAACUUUUUAAAUAAGCCAUGAACAUGGACCUGAGUAGGUUAAUAUAUGUGUGUGUGUGCAUAUAUUGCACAGCACAUUACACUACCACUGCCACUCUAGCCACCAACAUGGCUACAUGAUGCUUCAUUCCUAAGCAGUAACAAUAGGAUUGUCCAUGGAAGCUGGGCCACCAAGGUAGGCUCUCCAAAAGUAAGGAGCUGUACAGACCACUUAAUGAACCCCAGGUACCCCACGGUGCCCCACGCCUGGGAGCAGUAUCUGCCACUGGUGUAAAGGCCUACCAAAAACAGGAAAGGUAAAAUGUACCCAAAUGAUUAAACUCCUUGAAAUAUAUAUGACUUCCAAACAGUCCACUUCAUUAGGAACUUUUUUAUUUGAGUGAAUGUCACAUAGGUAUCCUUAAUAAUACAGAACAAAAUUACUUUUGUAUUAUUGUGAUUAGUUGUUGCUUAUUAUUUUAUACUCAGUAUUAAUGUGGUACACUGUUACUUUUUUUUGCUUUUGUAAAUUAUAUUCUAAUUUAUUGCCAUGUUUCCUAACACUUGUCCUACAUCCAUUCUCCUGCUUGUAAUGAAAAUGAAAAAGUCAUUGUAACACUUGAUGGAGUGAAAUUCCACACCAGGCACAGAUUUUUUUUUUUGACAUAGAUAAUUUAGUAAAAAUAAAAAUUCAGCUUAUAAUAAUGA